AAUAACAAAGUUUAUCUGGAAUAAAGCGUGUCGGAAAGGUAUCAAGGGAUUCCAUAUAAACCGAAGACUGUUUAAUAAAAAGCUAUUAAUUGUUAGGAGUUUGAUUGUACAGAAUAGGAGAAAAGGAGAAGGAAAGAUGCGGAGAUUGUGUGUUAUAUUACUCGGUUGCUAUCUGGCAGCCACCUUCUCUGUGGCAGCACCAAGAAUUGAAACGCAGCAACAGAUUUGGGAAUUCAUGGAGAAGUAUGGUUAUAUCACGCGAGAUGAUAUGGUAAAUGGAAUGCCAAAAGACGAAGAAACCAAGACUAAGUCUAUUAUAUAUUUCCAGAAGAUGGGAAAUAUGACGAUGACAGGUGUCCUUGACGAGGAUUCGAUGAACCUUAUGAACACCCCACGCUGUGGAAUGAAAGACAUGGAAUCGUUCGCCGACAUGAUGCGAAGAAAACGAUAUGCCUUGGGGCCGAGAUGGGAUAGGACUGAUUUAACUUGGAACAUCAUCAGAGAUAGCCAGGAUUUACCUCGAGCACAGGUCGAAAGCAUCAUGGAACGAGCCUUCACGGCUUGGAGUGAUGUCUCAUCUCUUACGUUUCGGAAAGUGUCUUCGAGCGAACCUGAUAUCAAGAUCCUCUUUGCUGCUGGUGAGCAUGGUGAUGGGUUUGAUGGUAGGUUCGAUGGGCCGAGUGGUGUCCUCGCACACGCCUACUUUCCAUCUUUAAACCCAAUUGGAGGCGAUGCUCAUUUUGAUGAAGACGAGACCUACACAGAUGGCACAUUUUCUGGUACCAAUCUAUUCCAAGUGGCAGCUCACGAGUUUGGUCAUAGUCUUGGUCUCAGACACUCUGAUGUCGAGGAUGCCCUUAUGUAUCCAUACUAUAGGGGAUAUCAACCAAACUUUCAGCUUCAUUCCGAUGACAUUAAUGGUAUUCAAGCUCACUACGGGGAAGGAAACGGGAAACCAGAGGAGAGAGACACGCCCUCUACGCCCUUGGAUAACUGCAUGCCUCGAGUUACUUUGUCCACGCAAACAGCUGAUGGCAGUGCCUACUUUGCAAAUGAAACACACGUAUUCCGCCGAACCGGUAACACAAUUCCUGCCGGUUAUCCGAUGAGGAUCGUAGAUGAAUUCCCGGGUCUUCCAAGUAACCUUGAUGCUGCAUUAUUUUAUUCUCCAUACACGUAUUUUUUCAAGGGAAGUGAAUAUUGGCGGUUUAGAGACCGGCAAAUGGCAGGUACUUAUCCGAGACCAAUGUCCGACUGGGGAGGUCUGCCCAACGAUGUUGAUGCUGCUUUUGUAUGGAGCCGCAAUGGAAGAAUAUACUUUACUAAAGGAGAUCAAUAUUAUGCGUACUACCCGGGUUACGGAGUUAGUUCUUACUACCCUCAACCUUUAAGUCAUUGGAGGGGCCUGCCCAGUGAUGGCGUCGAUGCGGCAUUCCAAUAUAGCAACGGAUAUACCUACUUCUUCAAAGGAUCCAAUUAUUACCGGUUUAAUGAUGGUACCGUCCAGGUGGAUACCGGGUAUCCGCUUAACACCGCUGUCCAAUGGCUGGGAUGUAAUCCGAAUGAGCUUGUCGGUCCAACCUCCGAAACGGAAGGCGAUGCGACUGCAAUUAUUCCUUCAUUGUUUGUUAUACUUUUGUCUACUCUUAUCGGUAUAUGUACUUUUUAACUAGGUAAAGUAAUUUCUCUAUAAUGAAAGCUGUUUUUUGUCUCCUCACCCCCCCCCCCUCUCAUUUCUAUGGGUUAUUGGGUGGGGCCAGGGUGUCACUCACCACAUCUGUCGUGCUACCAUGCACACACUUAAAAUAAGGAACCAUCAUGCAAAAAGGCGUUUUGCACAAAGUAUCAUUUAGAAAUUCUUACACCGAAAACCCCCAGAGAUCAAAGACAGCUAAUUUGUCAUUAUAGCAUGCUUAAUCCUAAUCAUUGAAAAACGGCACUUGAAGUUGAGAAAAAAUAUAGUUUAAUGAAGAAAAACAUCGACGACGCUGAAAGGCUUAAAUAGACCACUUUCGAUGCUUUUGUGGACGCGCAUGCAUUACACAGUAAUGUGAUGAGCCCCUACCCCUACCCUAGGCACUAUCUAAUGAUCACCGAACAGUAUUGAUGGUCAUAACAUAAAAACCACAUUCUGUGGUCAAUGUUAUUUUGUUUUGCUUGAAAAUGCUCAUCAUCUUCAUACUUAUUCAAUCAUGGCAUAAUGAAUCUCACAUUUUUUUAUUGAAGAAAACCCCUUCAAAUAUAACUGAGUCGAAUCAUAUCAUUAUGCUUGAUUUUCUGAUUCUAUUAUUAUACUCUAGUUAGAACUCAUGGCACCACACUCGUUGUGUUGGCCUCUUCUUGAAUACAAAUCAGUACUUUUGACGCACACAGUAUUUUACGUUCAAUCUCAGUAUUGUAUAGUUGCCUUUUAUUUGACAUGUUUGAAUGUUUGAGUAUUAUAUGCAUCAUAUUAUUGUGAUAAAUUGUAAAUUAAAAGAGAUGAAUGAAUAUUGUACAGU